ACAAACCUAUUUUCUGGGCUGGUCACACUGCGGUUUGUCACUGCUGUCUUGCGUAGUUCGUUCGUCCGCCAUUUCGGCGUCACUAUCGCAUUUCAGAAUUGAUUGAAACGCCCUCAUUGAGGGAAAUUAGAAGCUCCAUUGUUGGAUUCACAUCAGACACGUGGUGCAGUGAAGUCCAAAAGUGUUGAAAUUUUCCGUGAAAUCAAAAGAUAACUGACGACAUGAAGUGUCACUCCAGCGCCUCCUGUGAAUUUCAACAAUAGUUUCCUAGUGGCGGUAAUAUUUUGUCGUAAACUUGUAUGGCAUUUUUUAAAUCUAAUAUCUCUUUUAAUCGGCUUCUGCUUUUCAUUUUAUUCAUGAUAUCACUGCCGUUGAAACAUAAAAUGGCGGAUCAUAUACUGCCUUCGGAGAGUGAAAAAAAACUUGAAUUCGUUUGAAUGUCUGCAGUGUUAAAAUGCCUGUUUUGUGUAUUGAUGUUUUGUAGAAUGAGUGUUCUAAUGAAUUGGUUAAUCAUUUAAUUUCUUGUCUUGCCACACAAACAUUUAACUGUUCGAACAGCGAAAUAAAUAUAGCUUGAAAUACGUAACGCGAGUUAUGCCUCCUGGUAACAGAAAAGAGAAAAAAAAAGACAACAUGGAUGAAGAAACUACAACAGUUAUCACUAUGGAAAGUGAAGACGAACCUGACACAGGGGUGACAUACUUCGUAGACGAAGAAGGCAGGUACUAUUACCAGCCCACUGGGAAUAAUCAGGACCUGGUUCCGCUGCAGACUGAAGCAACGGAAACCACAAAUAAAGACUCUAUUAGCGAUGCUGCUGAAGAUGUGCUGAUGAGCAACGAAUCCGAACAAUACCAGACCGUGACUCUUGUUCCGUCAGAGAACAGCGGCGGUGAAGUCAGCUACGUCCUCGUGGUGCAAGAAGAGACUAAACCUAUCAACCUUGAUAUUAAAGUCGAUCAGGAUGAAGAAAAGGUCUCCGAAGACGUGUAUAACUUUGAAGAGGAGGAGAUUGAGGCAGACGUUACCGACGAAGAAGACGAAAGCGAAGCAAAGAAAGCUCAACCGCAGACGAAGAAGGGAAAGUUCUUACGUCCAUGUUUCACGUGCAAUUUUUGUUCGUAUUCAAGCCACAGGCGAUAUCUGCUUCUUCGCCACAUGAAAUCUCACUCUGAAGAUCGUCCCCAUAAGUGUGGUGUGUGCGAGCGCGGCUUCAAGACAAUUGCAUCGCUUCAGAACCAUCUCAAUAUGCAUAAUGGAGUGAAACCUCAUGUUUGCAAAUUUUGCAACAGCCCCUUUACUACCUCAGGCGAGCUGGUCCGUCAUGUACGCUAUAAGCACACACACGAAAAACCUCACAAAUGUACGGAGUGCGACUACGCUUCGGUCGAACUUUCGAAGCUGCGUAGGCACGUGCGUUGUCAUACUGGAGAGAGACCUUACCAGUGUCCACACUGCACGUACGCUUCACCGGACACUUUCAAGCUGAAACGCCAUCUCCGUACUCACACUGGUGAAAAACCGUACAAAUGUGAACACUGCAACAUGUGCUUCACACAAUCAAAUUCUCUUAAAGCUCAUAAGCUUAUUCAUAAUGUGUCUGAAAAGCCGGUCUACGCUUGUGAGUUGUGUCCAACGAAGUGCGGCCGUAAGACUGAUCUUCGGAUUCAUGUGCAGAAACUUCAUACAUCUGACAAGCCUCUCAAGUGCAAACGAUGCGGGAAAACCUUCCCCGACCGUUAUUCCUGCAAAAUGCACAAUAAGACUCACAAUGGCGAGAAAUGUUACAAGUGCGAAUUAUGCCCAUAUGCUUCUACAACACUACGUCACCUCAAAUCUCACAUGCUCAAGCAUACUGAUGAAAAACCUUUUUCUUGUGACCAAUGCGAUCAAUCUUUCAGGCAAAAGCAAUUGCUACGUCGUCAUCAGAACUUGUAUCACAAUCCUCACUAUGUUGCCAAGCCACCAAAGGAGAAAACCCAUUCUUGUCAUGAAUGUAAACGGAAUUUUGCCCACAAAGGCAACUUGAUUCGGCACCUGGCCACACACGAUCCAGAAUCUGGCCACCAGGAAAAGUUGCUUGCUCUGAAAAUGGGACGUGAAAAGAAAAUAAAGUACCUCAAUGGACCAAUAAUCAAAGAUAGUGAAAAUGACGAUCCUGAUGUGAUCCGUCUUGGACUCGGGACGACCGGUCUGAAUUCUAACGAUCUGAAACGAGGCGAGCUGGUAACCGUCGCUGACGGUGAAGGACAGCAGUAUGUGGUGCUCGAGGUUAUACAAAUGGAAGAUGGAUCCGAGCAACAAAUUGCUGUUAUAACCCCUGAUUAUCUUGAAGAGGAAGAUGAAGCAGAAAUGGAAAGUGUAGAUUCUGAUGAUGACAAAUCUUCUAUAGCACAAUCCAGCCAGAAAAGAACCAGGACCAUUAAAGUAGAAAACGAUGUGGAUUCUUGCUUCGGUUUUGAUGAAGAGGACGAAGAUGAGGAGGAGGGUGAGGAUGAAAUCGAAAAUGAGGAAUACAAGGAAGUGGUGCUGCGCAUAGUUUAAAACUAUUUGUUACGGGUCUCCAACAGGAACGAAGCGUGCAGAGUCUCACGCAGGUUUUGGGAUCUGGCGCUAGAGCAGGCUUAGAUCCGAAUACUAUAGUUUAAUUAAAUUUACGUCAAAUUUUGGGUAUGAAGAUAAUCAAUCACCUUUAAUAAUUACAAAAAAAAAAUGUUUACUGAUUUGUUAGUAAUUAAGAACUGUAAGUGAUUUUAAUCCUGAAUGUUUGUUUAUGAUUAAUUAUGUGCAUACUAUCUCAUAGUAUAUAUUUAAAUAUAUUGAACUGUUAGUACUAGUAGGUUAUUAAAGAAAUAUAUAUUAUGCAUGUAUAUUUAUUUAUACAUCUUAUAUUCGCAGAUGUGGUAAGCUUAAUAGGACUUGUAGCAUUUUAAUAGUAAUAGGUUUGUUGUCAUUGGAUAGUGUGUAGAUCUCGAAAAUUAGUCUUGCUGUGUACUUUGAUGUACUUUGUUUUUAUUUAAAAUUAAUAAUAACGUUUUAAAUUUAGAUAUUUGAUUAAAUAAAUGUAUUCAUACUCUUUGUGUAAUAAUAUGGUUUUGCCAUAAAAGUAAGUCGGAACGUUAACCAUAUUCGUCUAAUUAAUUUUGGAAAAGAAGAAAAACGAAUCAAAUUACUGGUUGUAUAAAAAUGUACGAUAAUAGUGUUAACUAAAUGAAUAGGUGAAGACACAUUACUAAGCAAAUAUUAUUGUAAAAAAAAGAUAAAUAAUGUAAGUAAUCUUAUUUAAGAAAUAAGUAAUUAAAACUUUCAUUUAUUACAAUAUGUUUAGUAAUAUACCAAUAAUUAAUUUUCCUAUAAUACAGUUAAGUUUAAAGCUAUUUCAUUUGACACCUUGUUUCUAUGGAUAUAUUCAUGAUCAUAUGAGAAAACUAGCUGUACCCGUCCGCUUCGCUGGGCAUUUAAAAUUAGCAUUAUUAUUUCUCACCCCUACAAAGAUUCUCAUAAUUAACGCCCCCGCAACUGGUGUAGGGAGUCCAACACUCAUAUAAAUAUUAGCCUAUCCAUUAAGUACAUGUAUUUUCUACAUGGAUACCAAGUUUCAAGUCAAUCGGAUGCAUGGUUCAGUAAUUAUAACGGAACAUCCGUAACAAACCACUGUAGAUUUAUAUAUUGGUAUAGAUUAGGAAGUUAGUGACCUAUGCAUCUACACGUAUAGAAUACCACGGAGCUUGAACAAAGCAGAGCUAGACGAUGUCUCAUGUCGAAAGUAUACAUAUUAAAUUUCUAGAAAUUUCCUGAAUUGAAAGGAUUGAAAGGAGAAUGAAAUAAAGGAUGAACAGUUGUAUAUGUAUAGAAGCUCGUCAUAUUCAACGUAAGAAGCACGUUAUUUCAUAAACUUGCUUCGGGUUAAAAAUAAAUUGUAUUCAUGUAAGAGGGUGCUUUCAACAUUAUAUACCCCUAAUUUAUUUCAAGUCAAAAUCACUUUCGAAGAUAGAAGUAUAAAAUUCAAAAUUAAAGUUUAAGAAUACAUAAUAUAUUAUAAAUGUUAGUACUUCGUUACUAGUAUACUAGUACGUAUAUACUAUAUAAAUAAUAUACUAUAAUUUAGUUUAUAAUAAUGGUCAGUAUCCUGAUUCAUCCGUGUAAAGUUACGGCGGGUUAUUAAUUAAUCUGAAUUGAAAUUGUAUUAAUCUUUCCUUAAGUUUAUCUCAUUUCUUUUUGACUGUUAACUGCGUGACACGGAAAUACUUAUUAAUUAUUCAAUAGGAUUAUGACAAUUUGACAUUUUUUUAAAUCGACGUAUUUAAAUAUUUGGGAACUGAUUUAUUGAGACUAAUCUUAAAAUAGAAACAUUUAUUUUGGUAUAGUAAUUACCAGAACAAUUUUUAUUAUAUUAUUUAUUAAGAAUGCAAACAUAAAAUAAUUAAAAAAUGAAAUAUUACUUUUUUUUAAAGUAUAAUAACAAUCAUAUUUAAAUAUUCACGUAUUUUACGUUUUACGCACAAAAUAAAAAGUUCUGCAAAAUCGCACUUAUUGUAAAUUUUCAGCUUUAUCUUCCAAUAGAACAUACAUAGCUCUGCAGAGACACCAUAAAUAAAAUAGUUUUAGUUUUUGAAUUUAGCAGAUACAAUAAAUACAUAUUGACUGAUAUACCUACAUGUAUCAUAAGCCGUCAAUUUUCAAAUUCGUCAAACAAAUACUUAACAAGAAGUCGCCGGAAAUAUUCCCCCUCAAGGCCCAUCAAUAACUGCUUAAAUUUCCGGUUUGUUUUAGCGAAUUUAUAUUCUUUUUUCAAUACAACUAUCUACAUACAAUUAUUCAUCAUAAAGCCCGUUGUUUUUAAAAAUCUCUACUUCAGUAGUCACUAUCAAAAUUAGUAUAUUGAUUACGUUCCGUUCGCUUAUUUGAUAUAUUUAACAUCACCGUUCUCGAACUUUCUGUAAUAUUCUAGUUGUAUGUCGAUCAUAAUAGGAAUAUUUAAACAAUUCGGAACCUGUCUCAAUACGGACAAAAUACUGAAACUUUAAAACCACGUAAAGAGCCUGAAUUCAAAUUAUUUUACAUAUACAAAAUGUUUGUUUUAUUACAAAUAAAAUAAUUUUGAAAUGUUAGGGACUUACGAUAUUGAAUCUAAACAAUGACGUCACUCGCCGCUCAUCUUUCCUUUAAAUUAUAAGACUAGCGUAUGGUAGCUUUGUGGCUUAGUAUUUAUUAUAAGGUGAAGCAAGAUGUUAGUAGUAACACCCAAAAAGAGUUUAAAUUGCGUGUUAUAGCUAUCGUGGAUGUUUUAAAUAACUAAAUCUCGUAGUUCACGGUGAAGGAAUAACAUCGUGUUAAAACAAAAUCCGCAAAUGUUGAUAUUUGCGUAAUUCCUGACGGCAGCGCUCCAUUGCUCUGGUUUCAUCGGCUUUUCAUGUCGUCUUCAAUUCGGAUAAAUAAAAAUCUGCAUUUAAAAAAUGCAUUAUAUUUCGUUAUGUAUCGCGAUCAGUGCGGUUGACAUAUUAUUGACAAAUUGUUUAAUGAGCACUUAGUGAAACUUCGAACCGAGUAAAAUCGAACUAUCGUUUCCUAAAAUGAAUACGAUUAUCGGGUGAAUAAUUAAAUGUAAUUGAUCUUUUUUUUAUUGCUUAGAUGGGUGAACGAGCUCACAGCCAACCUGGUGUUAAGUGGUUACUGGAGCCUUACUAAGGCCCAUAGACAUCUAUAUGGUAAAUUCGCCACCCACCUUGAGAUAUAAGUUCUAAGAUCUCUGUAUAGUUACAACGGCUGCCCCACCCUUCAAACCGAAACGCAUUACAGCUUCACAGCAGAAAUAAGUAGGGUGGUGGUAUCUACCGGCGCGGACUCCCCAGACGUCCUACCACCAGUAAAAAUUACGCUGAAGUAAAAACCGUAAUCCAGGGUAAAAAAACAUUACGCUGGAUUACGGUUUCCCGGAGCAGUGGGGACUGCCGUCAGGCGUCAUGUUGGGCGGCAGCAUCAACAUCGCUAUAAAUGUUCAGCGGUUAUCACUUACCAUCUGGUGGGCCGCUGGCAUUUCUGCCUGAUUAUGCAAAAAAAAAAAAACUUUUCGAAAAUAUAUGCCCGUAAAGGUAAGAAGACGAAUUUCGUAUUUCAAUGAUUAAUUUCAUUGAAAUGCAAUCUUAUUUAAGGUUAAUGCUAAUUUAGAUUCCUAAUAAUCUUAGGAUAUAGUAUAUGUAAUCUGUCUAUCCGUUAUCCUAGGCUACCACGCUGGUUGUACGUCUUGUAGAAUGAACAUACAUUUGGUUAGUUGCGAGGUUUGAAAACUUAUCUUAGAUUAAAGGAUAGAUAGGAUAUACAAAUCUAGUUAUAUUAAUUCGUAUAUAAUAUUAGUAGAAAAGCGAUUAUUUCAGUAUGCUAAAUCAUAAUGAUCGGUGUUGCCAACAUUAAAAUGAUUAAUAACAAACAAUAAAAUAUAACUAAUGUAAUAAUGUAAUAAAUAAUACAUGCGUAUAUUUAAAAUAUCUUAAUUAAAUUAUAUCAAUAUAUAAGUUAGAUUCCUGAAAUAUUAUUAUGCUUGAUAAGAAAAAUUUAGUAGACAAUUUUCAAUAUUGACAUCCUUUUUUUCAACUGCCCAUAAAAUGUAUGUAUUGUGAAUAUUUUUUUGUUAUAAUGUGAUGUGUUUUCACUAUCAAUUUAAAUAUUAUUGCACUUUCAUGUUACAUAUUAUGUGGUUGGUGUAGUUUUAAAAAUUACGUUUAAGGUUGUCUUGUAUUGUAGAAUUAAUUUUAGUUGGUAACCGAUAGUUUUGUAACUAAUUGUAUGUUUUAAAUACAAUUUUUUUUCCUUCCUAGUAAUAAUAUUACAGAACAACAAAAAGAAUUUUCUUAUAAUACAAGCAGUCUUUAUAAAUCGUGUCGUAAUAUUUUGUUUAUUAUGUUAACUUCGAUAAAUACAUAUAUGUACUAGAUUAUGGUCACAGUAAUUGAAACAUUGAAUACAAGCUUAGUAAAAUUAUGACAUAAUCAAAAUAGUUCACCUAAGGAAUAAUUGUCUGUUAUACUUAUAAAGUGUUUGAUUUGUUUUUGAGAAAUCGUCGAGGGAGACUUGAAAUUUUAAUAUGUACUUAAAAAUGAAUAGAAGAAUGAUACAUCAA